AUGUCUCUAACAGCAAGCCCGAGGCUUGCGCAUGAGCUGCAGGAGAAUCAGUCACAUGGGCUUAUUAUGAAGUGGCUUGUGAACAAGAGCUGGGAGGAGUCCCGGCUGCUAUGGCGCCUCGCCUUCCCCGCGAUUCUCACCGAGGUGUUCCAGUUUUCCAUCGGAUUCGUCACUACCGGCUUCGUCGGGCACAUCGGUGAGGUCGAGCUCGCAGCGGUCACCGUCGUCGAGAACAUCUUUGAUGCCUCUGCUUAUGGAGCCCUGUUCGCCAUGGGCAGCGCGUUGGACACGCUGUGCGGCCAGGCCGUCGGCGCCGGCCAGCUGGACAUGCUGGGCAUCUACACGCAGCAGUCGUGGAUCAUAUGCGGCGCCACCGCGCUGGCGAUCGCGCCGGCGUACUUCCUCGCCGGGCCGAUACUCAAGUACCUCCUCCGGCAGCCCGCCGACGUCGCGAACGCCGCCGGACCGUACGCCCGGUGGGCGAUCCCCCGGCUGUUCGCGCACGCGAUCAACUUCCCGCUCCAAAAGUUCUUCCAGGCCCAGAGCAAAGUCUGGCCGGUGACAGCCAUCUCCUGCGCGGCCCUCGCUGUCCAUGCCGCGCUCACCUAUGCUGCUGUGAGGCGGCUCGGGUACGGCCUGCGUGGGGCGGCCGUUGCCGGGAACAUCUCCUACUGGCUCAUCGCUGCGGCGCAGUUCGUGUACAUGGUCCACGGCCGUUUCCCGGACGCAUGGAAGGGGUUCUCCGUUCGCGCGUUCAAGAACCUUGGCGCUUUCAUCAAGCUGUCGCUCGUGUCCGCCGUCAUGAUCUGCUUGGAAUUUUGGUACUACACGACACUGCUCAUUCUCGUGGGUCUCCUAAAGAAUGCCAAACUCCAACUCGACAUCAUGUCUGUCUGCCUCAACUACGAGUUCUUGACCAUAAUGGUUGCACUGGGCUUCAGCACGGCAGUCGGCGUGAGGGUGUCGAACGAGCUGGGUGCAAACAGGCCCAAGGAGGCCAAGUUUGCAGUGGUCGUGGCCGUGUCGACAUCCGCCAUCAUCGGUGCAAUCUUCAUGGCCGUCGUCUUCAUUUGGAGGACAAGCUUGCCAAAAUCCUUCAGCGACAGCCAAGAGGUGGUGCAGGGAGCUGCCAGAUUGGGGCAUCUUCUCGCUGUCACCAUAUUCAUGAGCAGCAUCUGGCCUGUACUGUCAGGUGUGGCAGUAGGAUCAGGGUGGCAAGUGCUUGUGGCAUUCGUAAACAUCGGUUGCUACUACCUAGUGGGCAUUCCACUGGGAGUCCUGUUUGGCUUCAGGCUGAAACAUGGUGCACAGGGGAUAUGGAGGGGCAUGAUGACAGGCACGUUACUACAAAUGGUUGUACUCCUUGUCAUUAUCAUCACAACAAAGUGGGAAAAACAGGCCGUGCUGGCAGCAGCAAGGAUGGCUGAGUGGGGAGGGAAGAAUCAGAACCUACCAUUGAAGGAAUCUACACGUAUGAAUGAUCAUAUGGCUCCUGCAGAUGAUGAAAUAUAUGUGCAUGGGAGCCAGAAAAAUAUAGAAAUAGCGCGCACAGAUUCAUAGAAUAUAUUCAUUUUAAUUAGUUAGAUAACAUUUUCAUUGUUUGGUAGGAUGAUAUUGGUCUGAUUCUGUAGGCUUAUACUUCUUUAGUUUUCAUUUGCAAAAAACUUAAGCAAGGCUGGGAUAUGAGCUUAAAAAUAUUUGGAAAUAAGUCAUCUCAUAUGGAAAUUAUAUUAUCAAUGAACGUGUAGGUCAUGAUAUCUUGUGAAGCCAUAAUGCGGGAGUUCAAUAUCUCUUGUCAUUUUUUUUUCUUUCAA